CUUUUUUCAUUUAGUUUUAAAUUGGAUUUUUAAAAGAAUAGAUGUUUUGUAGUUUAUGCUUAAACCUAUAACGCGUGUGUAAUGAAAAAAAUUGUUAAAAAUAAAAACGAAAUGUUAACAAAACAUAUAAACUAAACAACACAUAAAAAUUGUAUUCUUGAAUAGCAGCAGCAUCAUCAUCAUUAUUAUCGUCUCAUUAAUCUUAGUUGUUUAUUAAUUAAUGUGUGUUUGGUGACCGUCUGUUUGUGUAUGAUUAACGGUUAUUUGCAAAUUUCUCCAUGUAUAGUGUUUUUUAUAAAUUCGAUAACAGGACACAGCAUUUAAUAUCAUUAAGUUACGAUGGCAUCACGUAACGGUAAAAAAUCAUCAGGUUUACGUAUGCUUUGGAUACCAGGCGGUCGUAAGAGUCAUCCCAAGGGACGUUACGAUGCAACAAAUAAACAAAUAUCUUAUACAACUAGACAGAAAAAAAGUGAAGUUUGGUCUUUGGGUGGCAGUAAAGCACAAAAAGAUUUGCUGCAAGCAGAUCCUGAUACAACACUUUUAGAUGGUCCGUCUACAUCCGGUUUAUCUUCAUCACUAGCUGCCGCUACGGGUGCUACAGCUGUUGCUGCAGCUGCUGUCACAACCGCACAAUGUUUGGAAUCUCAUAAUUCACCUGAUACAACAAGUGAAAAUUCAACUUUAUAUAAUCAUCAACAACAAAUAUCACCCACCACAACAUAUAGUUCCACAUCAACAGCACCUUUAAUCUCACCAUCACAAUCUCCUUUGGAACUUAGUAAUUAUUCGACACCGUCCUUUACUAAUAAUAAUAAUAAUACAACUCCAACUACUCCAACCACAACAACAACUACAAUGCCUGCUAAAUCUCAUCAACCUAUACCAGUUAUAGUUACUACAACUACUACCGCCGAAAUAAUGGAGGAUACAAAUUCUUUACAGGAAAAUCGUUUUUCUCUAUUGGCUGGCAAGGAUAUUAUUACAAAUGAAUUGGAUAUUUAUACAUUACCCUCACCGCCUACAACUAAUUUGAAUUCACAAGAAAAUUUGAAUCAUUCGUCUGGUACGACUGUUUCACAAAUAAUGCCAUCUGGAUCUCCGCAUAAACUGAAUAAUGGUUCGCAAAAUGGUUCCGUUAAUAAUUCGCCGGUAAAGAAAAAACAACAACAUAGAAAUCAUAAUAAUAAUCAGGGAGAUGUUAAUUCGAUUGAAAGUAUAACAGAAGAUACUGUUAGUGAAAAAAUUCCAUCCGCUAAUUUAGAUUGGAUCGAUGCAGUGGUGCAGGAACGACAAGAUCGUGAAAUUUUAGCCAAACCGAAAAAGAAGAAAAAGAAAAAAAAUGUUAAAGAAUUAGAUCAGCUAGAUGGAGUGCCCAUGAAAGAGAGCUCAACAGAUGCAGCAUCCGUUAAGGAGGAAGAUGAAAAGGUAGUAAAAUGUCUCUAUUAUACAUUGAUGUGUUGUGAUUGUACAAUUUCGUAGACAUUUCCUAAUUAUUAUUAUUACGGUAAUAUUGAAA